GUGUUUGCAGAAGACCGCUUUACUCUCUGUUGUUCUAGUCUCCUCCCACGCCAGGGUAUUGCUCCACUCAGUCACUUUGCGCUUUACAACUGGCCAGAUAUGAUUAAUAGGUAACCAGUCAGCCUUAGUUAAAGUCUCUCAGGUGAUGGCCGAAAUUCUGGGGGGAGGGAGCUGAAGCUGGAGCCUGACAGAGGAAAGGCUCGGCUCGGGUCGCAGCAGUCAUGGGGGGUGAAGAAACUGUUUCGGGUGGAGGGACCGACCUGAAAAGAGUCUGCGCCAAGGACCUGUGCUGUUAUAAGAUUCCACUGUUUCGCUCCUGGUUUCAGGGACUGAUUGUGCUGUGUCUACUUGUGUUUGUCUCAUCUCUGGGCUUUUCGGACAGCGCUCUGUCAUGGUCCGAAAAUCUUCACAGACAUUUCUAUGGUGUUUUCAACCAGAGCCGUCAAAUGAAUGCGCCUGCUUAUCGAGUCCACCCUAAACACAAAGCGAUACUCGAUGAAAUUAAUAAAAACGCCGAAUCUUCAAGUGAGCACCCUGGAGGACUUCAGUACCAUCAAGCUUUCCCACAAAACUACCAGUUUGUUAUGGACAACGCUGAGGUUUGCAAGAACAACACACCUUUCCUGGUGCUGAUGGUUCCUGUGGAGCCAGAAAACGUUGCGGCUCGGGAUGCGAUCCGCCAGACGUGGGGCAAAGACACAAUGGUUCAGGAUAAGGUGGUACUCACUCUGUUUAUGCUGGGUCUCAGUGGAGGAGGUGAUGUCGAGGAGCUCAGACAGGAGAACGAGCAGCACCACGACCUGAUCCAGAGCAACUUUAUGGACACGUAUCUCAACCUGACCAUUAAAACCAUGGUGAUCAUGGACUGGCUGGCCACACGCUGCCCCACAGCGGCCUACGCCAUGAAGGUGGACUCUGACAUGUUCCUGAACAUUGAUAACCUGGUGAUCAUGCUGAAGACGCCGGGCAUCCCCAAGAUGAACUACCUGACAGGAAUGCUGAUGUGGAACAGGCCAGUCGUCCGAUCGAAGAACUCCAAGUGGUACGUCCCGGAGGAGCUGUACCCUGAUUCCCGGUAUCCCACAUACACUCUUGGCAUGGGAUACGUCUUUUCCAACGAUCUUCCUGCGAAAUUUGUGGAGGUCUCAAAAGCUAUCAAACCCUUUAACAUAGAGGAUGCCUAUAUCGGAAUGUGUAUUAAAAAGCUCGGACUUUCACCGACCUCUCCGCCGAACCCUUCCCAAUUUAGGGCGUAUAAUUCAAAAUACAAUCGCUGUGAAUUUUCUAAGAUCAUUACGUACAUUCUUGGUUCUUCAGAACAACUGAAAAACUAUUGGGCAGACUAUAAGAAGCCCGGACCUCAUUGUUAGAGCUAUUCACACUAUAAAUGUGAUAUGAAAUUUGCCAGGGUUUUACUUAUUUCUGCUUGCAGUCAGCUGCUCCAAAUAACAGUAAGUUUUUAA